AUGGAGGAAUUCGAAGAAGCUGAAAUCCUAUGGCCUGCAGCCGGCUCCGACGACCGUGGCAACGGCGGCGAGGCGGAGCCUAUUCCUUGUUCAGUUCAUCCCGAGGCGGCCGCGCCGCGGCCAGCCGCCACCGCUCCGGUCGAGAUGUCUCGCCGGAAGCGGCGGUGCCGCCCCAGGCCGGCGUCGGAGUAUUACACCACCACGUUUGAUCAAGAAACCGACGACGCCGACGACGAUGAAGAAGGUCGUCGUACCGACGAUGCGAAAGGGACUACUAGCGACGGUUUGGUGAUCGUGCCGCCGCACGUUCUUCUUGCACGGAGGAGGCUGGUGGUGGGUGGCCGGACGGCGGCGUACUCCAUGUGCGCCGGCAAAGGGAGGACGCUCAAAGGGCGGGACCUCCGCGAUGUCAGGAACCUCGUGCUCAAGAUGACCAGAUUCAUCGAGGAAUGA